AUGCUAUUGGUCGAUUGGGUUCCGGUACAGCGUAGAGCGGAGGAGAAGCCGGCAAAUCAGGGGACGAUUGCUUCACGUAAUAACGGGAACGAGCCACAAGACAUGGAUCAAGAUCAAGGACACCAUGGCUCCAGUGUAGACUUUUUUUCUUUGAAUACGUUGGCCAACGAAAUAAAUAGGUGUAUUGGGCCCAUGGUAAACAAGCUUGAAGAUCUGGGCACUCGCAUAAAACAUAUCGAGGUGGAGUUGAAUAAAUAUGCACCAAUACAAGAUAAUGUGGUUGAGAUUCCUACAGAGGAGAAGCCAUCUCAUUACAACCCAAACAUUGGUCUACCAACAUUCCCUGAGAAGUUUAAUCUUGAUGUCUUUUGCAAAUGGGUAAAGGAACUAGAAUUGUAUUUUGAGUAUCAUUGUGUUGCACGGCCAGAACAAGUAGAACUUGUAGUCAGCACAUUGCCACAGGAAGGAGAGGCUUUCAAAUGGUGGCAAGAUAUUCAAAAGCUAAACGAGAAAGUCUAUAAAAAUGAUCCCAUUAGGUGGCCAACGAUGAAGGUGUUGUUUAUGGAUAAAUUCCUUUCUCAAUAG